UGUGUGGCGUCCCUCAAAUCCAAAACGUUGAGUCUCGAGCCCUUAUUCUCACUUUUCCUUUCAUGAUUUAUGGACACGUGGAUCGAUGGAUUGCAUUAGUAGGGAAUAUUAAUUAGCCUAAGGUGUGUCAUAUUAAGCUUUUAUGUGACUUUAAUAGCUACAAUGUUUCUCUGAAAUACGCUGCUGCUGCUGACAGAGGUCACUAAAGGAGUUGUAAGUUACUAAAGGAGGUUAAAGAGUUCCUCUUCUGCUGGACUGAACUGUUACAGGACAAUGUUCUCGUCAACGGGAAAGCGCUGUUUUACCAUUGAGUCUUUGGUGGCGAAGGAAAGCCCUUUAACACCAGAAGACCCCAUUCGUCCUACCGCCCUCAGCUACACAGCGCAUGCUGAAAGUUUUCUGAACGGUUAUCAAAACCCCGCGGGCCGCGCGCUCUACCCGAACCCUGAACUGGUGUUUUCGGAGACUGUGAACCAUGCACAUCUGGGCAUGCACCCACACCAGCUCGGAAGCACACACGUCCAGCACCCGCACUUCUUUGGCACGCAACAUCGUGAACCACUGAAUUUCUACCCAUGGGUCUUAAGGAACAGAUUUUUUGGACAUCGGUUUCAAGGGAACGACGUCUCACAGGACACGUUGUUACUGCACGGCCCUUUCGCGAGGAAGCCCAAACGGAUCCGCACCGCGUUCUCGCCCUCUCAGCUGCUGCGACUGGAGCGAGCCUUCGAGAAGAACCAUUAUGUUGUCGGAGCCGAGCGGAAACAGCUCGCUAACAGCCUCAGUCUAUCUGAGACACAGGUGAAAGUGUGGUUCCAGAACCGGAGGACCAAGUACAAGCGACAGAAGCUGGAGGAAGAAGGUCCAGAAUGCACACAGAAGAAGAAGGGAAACCACCACAUUAACCGCUGGAGGAUUGCCACCAAACAGACCGGCUCUGAGGACAUAGAUGUCAUGUCUGAUGCCUAAAAAAAAAAAACAACCUAAACAAUGCCCAAAUGAACACUCAAGACCAAGAAAAGCACUAUUUAUUUAAUGUUAAUAGCCAUGAUAUUUCAGAUUAUAAACCUAAUUGCAGAGGAUCUGACCACAUGGAUGUGGUAUAUGUGUUAAGGAUGAGUUAAACUGGUCAGCUAGUAAUCUACUGGAAGGACUGAACACUUUAGCUGUUUCAAAUACCUCAGCUGGAAUGACCCAAUGCUUGAGAUAUAUAUCUCCUUUAAAAGGGAAAUUAAUUUAUCAAUCUAUUAAUCUCUCUUUGAUGAAACAUUGUACUUGAAAUUUGAAUAAUUAUUAUGUUUUGUUGUGUCUUUGCAUAGCCAAACUUUGUGUUUAAUGGAUAUAAUUUAAAAAGAUGUAGCCUUCCAAAUGCUUUAAGACAUGCAGAUGAAAUUGGUGGCAGUUUUACAUUAUUCUCUCUCUCUCUCUCUCUCUCUCUCUAUAUAUAUAUAUAUUUUCUUUUUGUUACAUUACUGUAGCAAUGGACAACUAACCUAAAAUAAUGUAAGUGAUGUGAGAAUCAGUUUACAAGCCAGUUUUAACAUGAGCCAUCCUGUUCCCACAGAAUAGAGACAAGUGUGUAUGUGUCUGUGUAAAUAAUGGUCUCUGUAUCUAAAGGAGUUUAGGAAUUGGUGUUAGAGAGUGCUGUAAAGCUGGAGUGUUCGAGUAUAACACGGAGAAAAUGUGCGCGCGCAUGAGUACGCUGUAAUUCAGUAGACUACAGGUAAAUACAAGCUGAUGUAUGCAGGUUUCUCUGUUUAUUCUCCCAGAGUCAUAAACUAAGCUGAAUGUUUGCCAAUUACCGCAUUAGCUUCUUUAUGUAGUGUUCAUUAGUCUACAUUUUCAACAACAAAAUGAUAAAAAAAUGUUCAUGGUUAAUAAAAUUGUUUCAGA